UUGGAGGGCGUUCCUUCGCUCUUAGACAUCUCCUACUCACUGAUCAACCCUCGUAGGACUCGAAAGCCACAGAAAAAGAAAAAGAAGAAGAAAGUGAAAGAGUAAGAGAGAGCAGCUAGAGUAUCGACGAUGAGAUCGGUGUCACGAGCGACGAUGAUGCUGGUGGUGGUCGUGGCGAUAGUCGUGACCAUGAGCAACGAGCUGGUGCAUGGCCAGACGAGCCCGAGCCAGUGCAAGGAAGAGAGGAAGCAGUUGGAGAGCAAUUGCAGGCCUGUGAUAUUCGGGAGACAGCCGACUCCCCAGUGCUGCGCGAGAGUGAGGGCGACUCAUGUCGAGUGCGUGUGCCCUUAUGUCACUCCCAAACUGGCCGCUCUUCUCGGCGUCGAUCGCACCAUCAAGCAGAUUGAGGGCUGCGGAAGGACCGUCCCUCGCAACUUCAAGUGUGGAAGUGUCACCACCCCUCCUUGAGCGAGGAUCGACCCCGCAAGCAGUUGCGCGGCUAUUAUAAUAAAGUUUUACUUGAAUAAGAGAUCUGCUACUCAAGCGCGACGGAUUUUGCCGGAGAACUAUUCUGACGUAGCAUGGCCUGGAUCAAUAGAUUAUCACGUUCCUCUUGUGUUGGGCAAUCUUCCCUUUUCUUUUCUUUCUGAAUUCUAUUAUGUAAGCUUUUGGAUUAUGGAAUGUCAUUCGGCAUAAAAGAUUUCGA